AUGGAGGAGGAGGCUGCGAGGAAGAGGAAGAUGCCGCGGGCCCCCCAACCUCCCAGCAGGGAGAAGCCCUUCAGGUGUUUGGAUUGUGGGAAGAGCUUCAGCAAGAGAACCAACCUCCUGAGGCACCAGCACAUCCACACUGGGGAACGGCCCUACACAUGUGGGGAGUGUGGGAAGAGCUUCAGUGACAGCUCCACCCUCCGCAACCACCAUCGCAUCCACAGUGGGGAAAGGCCCUAUAUGUGUGAGGAAUGUGGGAAGAGCUUCAGUGACAGCUCCACCCUCCGCAACCACCAUCGCAUCCACAGUGGGGAACAGCCCUACACAUGUGGGGAGUGUGGGAAGAGCUUCAGUGACCACUCCACCCUCCGCAACCACCGUCUCAUCCACAGUGGGGAAUGGCCCUACACGUGUGGGGAGUGUGGGAAGAGCUUCAGGAGGAGCUCCACCCUCCACAAUCAUCGACGCAUCCACAGUGGGGAACGGCCCUACACGUGUGGGGAGUGUGGGAAGAGCUUCACUCAGAUCUCCGACCUACUCCGACACCAGAUGAUCCACAGUGGGAAAGGCCCUACACGUGUGAGGAGUGUGGGAAGAGCUUCACUCAGAUCUCCGACCUACUCCGACACCAGAUGA